CAGGCCAGAGAUUGUCAGCUUCCACCGAGAGAGAAAGGGAGAGCAAGGGGAAAUUAAUGUUCACAUCAACAGCAGGCAGACACGGAGCAUAGGAGUCUGGCAACACAGGAACAACACUACUCCCACCAAAGGAGCGGCAGUCGGUGCUCUGUGCGAAUAGGUUGAUCUCCCCCUCUCGAGGCACCAUGUCAUCGGAGAAGAGCGAGACGUCACCCUCGGAGCCACCUCGCGUGCCCCAGGCCCCCGUGUCCCCCCCUCUGCUCUACUACCGAGACUGUCCCACAUACUGGGAGCGCAGUCAUUCCCUCCUGGGGGAGCUGCCUAGUCCCCUGCCCACCAAGCGCACACGCACCUACUCUGCCUCUGCGCGGGCGACUCUCGGCCCCAUCUCCAAGGGCAAGUGCAAGUGCUUUUCCAGGUCGCAGGGUCACGGCUUCAUCACCCCCACGGACGGGAAAGAUGACAUCUUUGUGCACAUCUCCGACAUCGAGGGGGAGUACGUUCCGGUGGAAGGAGAUGAGGUGACGUACAAGGUGUGCGCCGUCCCGCCCAAGAAUUUGAAGCACCAGGCGGUGGAAGUGGUGAUCACCCACCUGGCCCCUGGGACCAAGCACGAGACAUGGUCUGGCCAGAUCAUCAACUCCUGAGGUCGGGCAGGGCAGGGGGGGGGGGGGGGCUUCAGGA